AUUGUCAAGUGUCAAAAAAGAAUUGGUUAGGUUAAGAAGGGGUUGAAGUAAAAGUUUUGUUCUUAAGAGAUAAAUAAGAAUUAUUAAAAUGGAGUGCAUUGUGGCUAACGUAGAUCACAUAAAAUUCGACAUUGAAGUGGCCCUUGACGAGCAAUUUGGCGCUUUGCCUUUGCCAUUUCCCGGAAUGGACAAAUCAAUUGCGGCCGUAUGUCAGUUUUACACCUCAAUCCAAGGUUGUCAGAAGGGCCCCCAAUGCCCCUUCCGCCACGUUCGCGGCGACCGAACCAUCGUUUGUAAACACUGGCUUAGAGGUCUUUGUAAGAAGGGUGAUCAGUGUGAGUUUUUACACGAGUAUGACAUGACAAAAAUGCCUGAGUGUUACUUCUACUCGAGAUUUAACGCAUGUCACAAUAAGGAGUGCCCCUUUUURCACAUUGACCCUGAGAGUAAAAUCAAGGAUUGUCCUUGGUACGACCGCGGAUUUUGYCGACAUGGCCCCCAUUGUCGGCACAGACACGUGAGRAGRGUCCUGUGUACGAAUUACUUGGCUGGUUUUUGCCCCGAAGGGCCCAACUGUAAAUACAUGCAUCCCAGGUUUGAGUUACCUGCGCCCCCUGAUCAAGUGCAGAAAGACAAGAAAGCCACUCCUGUUAUUAUUUGUCACUUCUGUAAUGAACAUGGACACAAAGCGAUACAUUGUAAUAAGAUGAAUAGUGAUAAUAGAGACGCCCAAAAUGAUGAAAACAAAAAACAUAAUGAACACUAUGAGCCUCAGAAUUCUUAUCUACAGAAGAUGUURCCCAAGAAGCUUGAAGAUGUUACGUGUUACAAGUGUGGUACAAAGGGCCAUUACGCUAAUAGGUGUCCUAAAGGGCAUUUGGCGUUUUUGUCGCAAGCUAAGAGUAACCAGGAUGGACAGGGUGACCAGUARUAGUAGUAAUAUUUUUAAAUUAUUUAAACUAGUUGUAUUUGUUUUGAUAUAAAWAUGCUUAAGUCAGUUUUUA